GCGCGGUAGUCACAGUGGCACUGGGCAAUGGCAUGGCAGCAGUCACAGAAAGAGAGGACUGAUGAGGAACAGCGAGAGCCAGCGGCUGCAGCGCUUCCUGCCCUGCCCUCCUCUCCCUCCCUCCAUCUUCCACCAUGGAGCUAGCUGAGCAGUGAGUUGGCUGCCAGCGCGUGCUGUAUCUUGUAUGGUUGUACUGUAUCCCCUCCUCUCGCUAACCUUUUGUCUCCUUCCCCUCCCAAACCACCACCAGCUCCACCCCUCCCCACUACUUCUUCUGAGCUCCUUGCUGCUGCGGCUGCUUGGUGCUUGCUUCCCUCAUCUCUAGCCUAGCCUGUAGUACAACUGGUUGGAGUGGUUGCCAGUGUUCUCCCCACUUGCUCCUCUCAAUCCACUCUCCCAUGGCCAUGGGUAUGGUGUGCAACCAUGCAUCUACCGCUGAUUGCUGAAGCCUUCACCUCGCCUCGCCUGGGGGAAAGCUUCUGGUUCGCCGCUGCCGCUGCUGUGGGUAUAAAGGUGGAAGACUGAGCUGCCCUUCGACGGAGUCCCGGCGGAGUGGGAAGAUCGCUCCGUCGCCGGGGUUUCGCGGCGAAGAAGGUGGCCUACGCGGCGCCGCUGUGUCGUAUCGCGGUGGAAAGGGAAGGAGCGGGGCGGGGCCGUGAAGGAAUCUUUGCCCCGACACCAUUCCCUCCGCUGCCCCUCGAUUUCCCGGCGGUGUCGGUGCUGCCUUUCGCAAGUAAAAGCGGGAUCUCGCGUCCGCCGGCGGUGGCAUUGCCGGAUCGAGCAGUCUCCGACGGCGGCCUCCGUAUCUGCGUGGCCGAUCUGUUCGCGGCUGGUCAUCUCUUCGCCGGCAUUGCGAAGCGGGCUGGCCGGGCGGUGUGGACUGCUGCGGUGAGGAGUGCAGAGGGGCGUUGCUCUGUGCUGUGAUCCAAGCGGCGGGCGGGCGGGCGGCUGCACGCCAGGUGUUCGACGAAGGACCCCGACCGGUGCAAGCCAGCCAUGAGGGACUUCCCUUCCUGCUUCGGCGAGAGCGGCGUCCAGAUCGCGGACGCGUCGUCGUCGUCGUCCAGCGCCGGCAAGGGCGCGGCGCAGAACCUGGUGACCUGCCUCUACCAGACGCAGUUCUCGGGCCGGCCCUGCGUGAUCUCGCUCACGUGGAGCAAGAGCCUCAUGGGGCAGGGCCUCAGCAUCGGCGUCGACGACCUGUCCGGCCACUGCCUCUGCAAGGCGGACAUCAAGCCGUGGCUCUUCUCCAAGAAGAAGGGGUCCAAGAGCCUCGACGUCGAGGACGGCAAGAUCGACAUCUUCUGGGACCUGUCGGGCGCCAAGUUCGGUGCCGGGCCAGAACCGGUGGAGGGGUUCUAUGUUGCGGUGGUGUUCGACCUUGAGCUCGUGCUCUUGCUGGGGGACAUGAAGAAGGAUGCGUACAGGAAGACUGGAGCCAACCGAUCGAUGCUGAAUGCCGCGUUCGUGGCGAGGAAGGAGCACAUAUAUGGCAAGAAGAUCUACUCUGCCAAGGCGCAAUUCUGCAACAAUGGCCAGUUCCAUGACAUUGCCAUAGAGUGCGAUACCGUCGGCUUGAAGGAUCCAUGUCUUGAAAUAAGAGUUGAUAAGAAGCCCGUGAUGCAGGUGAAGCGCCUGGCGUGGAAGUUUAGGGGAAAUCAGACAAUUCUCGUUGAUGGCUUGCCUGUGGAGGUGUUCUGGGAUGUUCACAGUUGGCUCUUUGGAUCAACGACGAGCAAUGCGGUGUUCAUGUUUCAGACAUGCCAGGCACCUGAGAAGUCGCUGCCAUGGUCCUACUCGCAGAUUUUUAGGGAGUCCCAGUUGCAAGGUCUUGGUUUCUCGCUGAUCCUGCAUGCGUGGAAGGUUGAAUAGGUUUUUUUUGCAGGAUCACAAUUUGCUUCUGCACCUGCCUCCUUUUCUUUAGUGCUAACAAAAGACGUUUUGUUGAGGUCAUCAGAAUGCUAUGGAGGCUCUCCAAUAUAUGUUCUUUCAUUUUAUUUUGAUUUUGUUUUGCCAUCUCCUAUAAACGCUUUGUUUGAAUAGUUGGCAAGUUAUGUGAUAUCCCAGUGGCUUUGCCACUCUGUUCUUUCUCACUCUUCUUCUUGUGCCUUGAGUGAGGAUAAUUCUAAUGAUCAAAUAGUUCAAUCGGUGACCAUGCCGAAGAAAGAGAAUGUUGUCAUUAUGUAAAGUAUAUCAAAGUUCCGAUUAUUUGUUGGUGAUAGUAACGUCCAA